AAUAGAACAGAAAAAACCCUCGACACAGACAGAUCCAAGAGAGAGAGACAGAGAGGAGUGAGAAGAGGAGAGAUAUGGCAGAUGAAGGUAAGGAGGAGCAGGGAAUGGAUCAGGUGGAGGAGGAUUUCUCUAUAUGGAAGAAGAACACGCCAUUCCUCUACGAUCUCAUGAUCUCCAACCCUCUCGAAUGGCCCUCUCUCACCGUCCAUUGGGUCCCAUCAGCGCUGACUCCUUACGCUGCAGACCCAUACUUCAACGUUCACAAGCUCAUACUCGGAACCCACACUUCCGGUGGUGCCCAAGACUUCCUCAUGAUCGCCGACGCCGUUAUCCCAACUCCCGACGCCGAACCUGGCUUAGGCGGCACAAAUCAAGAUCCCAUAGUCCCUAAGGUGGAGAUUAGGCAGAAGAUACGUGUUGAUGGAGAAGUGAACAGAGCGCGGUGUAUGCCGCAAAGGACGACGCUUGUGGGUGCAAAGACAAGUGGGUGUGAAGUAUUUCUGUUUGAUUACACCAAGCACGCUUCGAAGCCUCAGACAAGUGAUUGUGAUCCUGAUCUGAGGCUUUUGGGACAUGACAAGGAAGGGUAUGGGUUGUCUUGGAGUCCUUUUAAAGAAGGUUAUCUCCUGAGUGGUUCACAGGAUCAGAAGAUUUGCCUUUGGGAUGUUUCUGCUACACCGCAAGAUAAGAAAUUGAAUGCAAUGUUUGUGUAUGAGGGACAUGAAUGUGCUGUGGAAGAUGUUUCGUGGCAUAUGAAGAAUGAGAACCUUUUUGGGUCUGCGGGUGAUGAUGGUAGAUUGGUGAUAUGGGACACACGGACAAACAAAAUGCAACACCAUGUGAAAGUUCACGAGAAAGAGGUGAACUAUCUGUCUUUCAAUCCGUUUAACGAAUGGGUUUUAGCCACAGCUUCCUCAGACUCAACUGUUGCCUUGUUUGACCUCCGGAAGCUGAAUGUACCUUUGCACGUCAUGAGCAGCCAUGAGGGAGAGGUUUUCCAAGUGGAGUGGGAUCCUAACCACGAAACAGUGCUUGCAUCUUCCGGUGAAGACAGAAGGCUGAUGGUCUGGGAUCUUAAUAGGGUUGGAGAAGAACAGCUUGAGAUAGAGUUGGAUGCAGAAGAUGGUCCACCAGAGUUGCUCUUCUCUCACGGAGGCCACAAGGCUAAGAUCUCUGAUUUUGCUUGGAACAAAAACGAGCCUUGGGUCAUUGCAAGUGUAGCAGAAGACAACAGUCUUCAGGUGUGGCAAAUGGCGGAAAGCAUCUAUAGAGAUGAAGAUGAAGCUGACAACGACUAGGAGAUCAAACAAGAUACUACACAACAGUCAUGAAAAUCAAGAAAUGAAUUGGUCUCUCCGUUACUUUAAGCUAUAUAUCCUGCUUUAGCCAGUUUCUACAAGACGAGCUUUGUGUUAUGAAUCAUUUCUGUUAGUUAAUGUAGUCAUGUUUGGAUCUUGGUAGUUUACUUAUAACUGUUGCAAAAUAAAAUUAUGGGGUUGAAGUUAGACUUUAGA